CAAGCAAACUCACUGUCCUUCACGAGUGACAGGAAAUAGUUACAAUCAAAAGCCGAACUUGAGAAGAGGACUUUAGACCAGCUGGUGAAGCGAGGGAGGCAGAAUCAGCCAGUCAGCGACCAUAGUGCAGCUCAUCUGAAACGCAGCCAGAGCAACACUGCCAAGAACUGUGCCACUGAUUGAACAACUGAGGGAAAGAGGAGGUACCUUCAACCCAACUCGUCUGCUGGCCUCAGCUCUCUCUCCCACAAAGGAAGGGACUUUACUUUUACGAAGUUUCACAGAGUUGGUGCCAGGAACAGCACAGAGGGCGGCACAGGAACUGAUCAGUGAGUCACUGAUCCCUUGAGCUACAGCUUUGAAUGGACGCACACAGCUCAGUGAACUGGCAGUCUUGCCUUUAACCCUUCAGUAGCAAGACUACAGAGAGAGUUUGGCAGUGAUUUACAGACUGGAGUCCAAUCUUGAUCCGUAAAGAAAGCCAAGGUAUGGAACUGAAGCAAACGUUCCCCACAGCUUCCAGAAUGGAGUCACAGGAUGGGCCUGUAUGUCAACCCAAAAUCUUCCUGGUUUCCAAACACACAAGUGUCCAGCUGGCUGAACAACCAGGUGGAACUUUCCAGAAGAGGAUUCCAUCACCAAUGGAAGCUGCGACACCUCCCUGCUCCAGCUCUGACAGUGUUCCCACACCCAAUGACUUUGACACUUCGCAGCGUUUGAAUCAACUGAAGAUGGAGCUCCAUGUUUCUCCAGGAACAGCCAUCAAUGGAUGGACUGAACCACGCAAUCCAGCUCUGGUUCCGGAGAUGAAUGGAAGUGAAGGACACUUGGCGUGUUUAGAUGUCGCACCCACCGAUCAGGCCAGGGUGGAGGCUGGAUCAGCUCAGGAUAAAACCAGAGGUCGACGGGAAAAGAUCUGGAUAAAGUACGAAGGUGCUGGCCCGAUGGAUGAAGUCGGAAUGCCUAUUGCUUCCAGAUCAAGUGUAAACAAGCCAAAGGAUUGGUACAGGAUGAUGUUUCAGCAGAUUCACAGCAGACCCACAGAUGAUGAAUUGGAUGCCUAUGAUGUAACAGACCAAUCAAACGGAGAGUCCCAAUGCAGAGAUGAGCUCCAGCAUUUGACAAACGUGGAGAUUCCAGAUUCUGAUGCCCUUCAGCCAGAUUUCACCCUCAGUCAUUGGAAGGAGUUGGAACUCCGAGGAGUGGAGAGUGAAGGCCUGAGGCUGCAGGCUCAGCACAACAGCAUCUUCAACUAUGAGCCAGGAGACUGGACAGUGCAGGGGCCAGAAGAACAGGCUGAAUUAUCUGCUCUGAAUUCUUCAACCAGGAGACUCUCAAACUCCAUCGAGACUUCACUCGAGAAAGAGCUAAGCCAGUUGGAAGCUGAGUUGGAUUCUGAUCUACAGAACCUAAAGCUGCGGCUGGCAAAGAGAGGCGGGAAGUGCCAGGAAAGCUCGGGAAGACGGCAGUUUCAAGGGCAGCCUGCUAGUGUCAGUGUAAUGAGCACACCUCCCAGGUGGGAACAGUCGUCCGUCAAUCUCCAACCCAGUGGUCAAUGCAGCGAGUUGCCUGGCAACCAGAGCCUCCAUGGAGACACUGGCACCAGAGAUCACCCAGCAUCUUCAGGAGGUCCUCGGAGCUGUGUGAAUAAUGGGAACAGUCCUGAUGGGAGACAAGACAACCUGACAGAUGGGCCACACAUCUCCGAAACGCGAAAGAUGAAGGCAGCACGGGCCAAGUUUGACUUCCAGGCUGAAUCUGCAAAGGAACUUACUCUUCAGAAGGGAGACGUUGUUUACAUCCAUAAAGUGCUCGACCAGAACUGGCUGAAAGGGGAGCACUAUGGGAGGCUCGGGAUCUUCCCAACAUCUUAUGUUGAGUUUAUUCCUGACACUGAGAGACCAACACCAAUCAAGAACCCACCCAUCCAAAUCCUGGAGUAUGGAGAAGCUGUUGCCAUAUUUAACUUCAAGGGAAAUUUAAGUGUGGAGCUCUCUUUUCGCAAGGGUGAAACAAUCUCAUUGAUACGAAGAGUCGAUGACAAUUGGUUCGAAGGAAGAAUAACAGGCACCAACCGACAAGGAAUCUUUCCGGCCAAUUACGUACAAGUGGUGAAAAGUCCAAAAGUCAAGAGUGCCGUUGGCUCAGUUCCAGUCUCCCAAAGUCAGCAGUCCCCCCAUAGUCCAUCAACUUUUCCAAUGCAGCAACACUGCAAUGUUUCACCGAGCCCUUCAACCCUAUCUCAUGGUGAUACUUCACCAACCCAGCAAUACCUGCAAACCUCCCCCAACACUACCCCAAAAACCCAACAAUUCCCCAACAGCUCACCAGUUGUACCAACCCAGCAAUACCUGCAAACCUCCCCCAACACUACCCCAAAAACCCAACAAUUCCCCAACAGCUCACCAGUUGUACCAACCCAGCAAUAUCUGAAAACAUCCCCCAACCCUACCCCUAAAAUGCAACAAUACACCUACAGCUCAUCAACUCUGCCAACCCAACAAUACCUGAAAACCUCCCCCACUCUCAUAAGCCAGCAAUAUCUGAACACUUCACUAACUCUGCCAACCCAGCAACGCCACACCCCUGUAACCCAGCAUUACUCCACCAACCCAUCCAUCGCCCAAACUCAGCAUUACCCCAAUACUUCUUCAACUCUACCAACCCAGUAUUAUUCCCCCAGCUCACCAGUCUCCACAAAAAUGGAGGGAUCAGAUUCAUUGACCAGACAACCAGCCAAUCACUAUUCUGUACCAAUGCCAACCAGCAGACAGCAGGCAGUUGUAGCAUCGAACACCAAUCAGCAUGCAAUGCCAGCUUUGCCAACCAGUCAGCACGGAGGCAGUCCCGUUGACCCUCUCUCCUGGCAGCUGUCGUCACCACCGCCUCAACCAGCGGUAGGCACAGGAACUAUGGCGACUGUAUCCUCCACUAAGCAACCAGUGCAGACCUCCCAGGUGUCCUCUGACCCCAGACUGCAAUCUCACAGGACUCCUAUGAAGCUUGUUGGAUUCCAGACAGAAAAUACCAGAACUGGAAUUGGUGAAAGCUGGAGUCCGUACCGGGCACUGUAUAACUACCAUCCAGUGAAUGCCGAUGAACUGGAACUGAUGGAAGGUGACCUUGUCGAUGUGAUGGAGAAAUGUGAUGAUGGCUGGUUUGUAGGUACAUCUCGCCGGACCAACAAUUUCGGAACAUUCCCUGGGAACUAUGUGCGACCAGCUUAAUCUUCUGCAUCAACAACAUGACCUUCAUUACAGUUAUUCAGGCCUGAUUACUCUCUCUCCCUCUUUGUAUUUCUCUCAAUCUCACAGUUUUUCCCUUGCUGUGUCGCUUCCUCUGUCUCUCUGUCUCUCUCUCGUGCACUGUCUCUCUGCCUCUGUGUCUCUCUCACCCUCUCUCUAUUACUGUCUCAUUCUCUCUGUCUCUCUUUCUCUAUCUUUCUCUCCUCCUCUUCUCUGUGUCUCUCUCAAUCUCUCUCUUUCUGUCUCUCUCUCUCUCUCUUGUUCUGUCUCUCUGUUUGUCACUUUAAGGUCAGAUAAUAUCUCCUUGAGACCUGUGAUCUGAAACCUGUCCUCCGACUACUCAUUAUUCCUCAGUGUGGACCUGAACCGGAACUGGAUCUAGAAGAGAUUAAUCAACUGAUGGGAUCUACCAGAUCCGAGUGGAAGUGUGUCUCAAGGCCGGGGUGGAGAGUUGGGGAGUGUUGUGAUGAAUCAAAAGGAAUCACAUGACUCCCAGCUACAGGAGUGACUGUGCUGUGAAGGGGAGUACUGGGGGUACUGCUGAGUGUUUGGUGUGCAGGAUCGAGCUUAUCAUUCCUUACCCUGGAGUCGUCCCAUACUGGGAAUGGACAGUUACUCAGGGAACCCCCUCACAUACUGAGACAGUCACCCAUCAGUCAAUCCUCUGAUGCACACAUAUCCAGUCAGCUCUGUCAGGUUCUCCGAGAGCUUCAGUGAAAGGUAGCAACCAUGCUGCAUUUCAGAAGGGGACAAUCUGAACAGCCACAAAGCAGACCUCUAUCUGAGUCCAGACCGGGAGAGUCCCAAACUACGUGAGUCCCAGACAGUGAAACUGCAGGCUGCGAGAGUCUAGACUGUGAGAGUCCAGACUCUGUUUGCUGAGAUCAGCCCAGGGCCGCGAGCUCCUUAUAAAGGAAUGGCACUGGUGGGGUGAUGGGGACUGUCAGUGAGUCGCCAUUCACAUUCAAAUAGCAAGGUGCUGAGCAGACAGUGCCAGAAUACAGGCACAGGAUGAUCCCAGGCUGUAGGAGGAGGUGCCCUCUCCACGUGGAAAGUGUUCCAGGCUGCUGUCUUCAGAAGGGAUCCAGCUGCUGAUAUUUUUGGCUGUCUCUAACUGUGUCCCGGGGUGGGUUUGUGAUCUUUGUGCUGUGGCUGUCUGCAGAAUCUAGUGCUCGACCCUCACAGUUGUGUACCAGGAAUCGUGCUGAGUUCAGUCUUUCGUCUGUGUCACUAUUUACUCAUCAUAUAUUUGUAUAAAUGUCCUCUACUUUCCAAUAAAAAAAGAUAUCACAGA